CUGAAAACUGGCUUUAUUUUUCGGGGGUUUGUGUGGAAUUUUAUGUAGCUUCGGACAAGGUCCAUACUUUCGGUGUUCAAUAUUCUUUGUACUGUCUAUAAAAACCACUCUACCCUACUCUAUUUUCCUCUACACAGCUUCCUUUUUCUCUGUAUAGAUUCGAUUAACGUUAAAUUUUCCGAUUCUUUUCUCCGAUAUACAGGGAUUUGAAUUCUGGGUUUUAUUUAAAUUUAUGCAGUUUAAAUUGGGGGAGGGGGAGGCUUUUAUAUCUAAAAGAAAAUUUUGAAUUUCAAUAGGAAAAUGAUACUGUUGUUAAAGAGGUGGAGUAUUUGGAAGUUCUUUGUAGUUAUUGCAAACAAAUUUUGUGCGUCCAAAAGCUUUUAUUUUUGGGUUUUUUCUAAUUUUCAACGGGUAUAGCUUGGGCACUUAGCCAAGUACAAUGAAUUCUUGAUUUGUUUUUGGGCUUGUUCUUCGUUAGAAUUAUUUUUCAGUAUAGUUCGCAUAAUGGAAAGUGCAUCAUUGCCACCGGGAUUUCGAUUCCAUCCGACUGAUGAAGAACUGGUUGGGUAUUAUCUUAAAAGGAAAAAUGAGGGACUUGAAAUUGAGCUGGAAGUCAUUCCAGUAAUUGAUUUAUACAAAUUUGAUCCAUGGGAGCUGCCAGAAAAAUCGUUCCUGCCAAAGCGCGACAUGGAGUGGUUCUUUUUCUGCUAUCGGGACAAGAAGUAUCCAAAUGGCUCUCGAACUAAUAGAGCCACUAAAUCUGGAUACUGGAAAGCUACAGGAAAAGACCGUAAAGUUGUCUGUGAGUCCCAAGGGUACCGCAAGACCUUGGUUUUCUAUCGUGGACGAGCACCACUUGGGGAUAGAACAGAUUGGAUUAUGCAUGAGUAUCGACUCUGUGAUGAUGUUUCCAAAGACACCCCAAGUUUUCAGGGGUCUUUCGCCUUGUGUCGUGUUGUCAAAAAGAACGGAAACACAGAUAAAACUUUUGCUCGUGGAGAUGCUACACUUAAGCCGGCUGGAAAUUGUCCUAGCAGUAGUGAUGCUGUCUCAAAUGAGCCAGUGGUCACUUUUAGUAACAUGCCAUCUCAGACCAAUGACUCGUAUAACGAGAGUAAUCAUACAACUCACUUUACUUCUCAAUAUCCGGUAGAACCUACUGAGGGAUAUAAUCUCUCUACAAGCCUCUGGGGCUCGCCUAAUAUAAUUCUUGAUUCUUAUAAGGAAUGCUAUCCACAGUAUGACAUGUUUCCGUACCUGGGUUCAUCGUCAUCAGACGAGCAACAUAAUAUCUCACAAAGUUCAUCUUACUCAAGUUUUAGAGAGGAGGUUGGACUUUCAGAUGAUCAAACUCAGUAUGGAUGCAUCUCACCUUACUUGUUUCAUGAAAGCUACGAUGGAUAUCCAAGCAAAUGAAAAUUCAAGUCACAUCCGUUGAAGUUAACAAUAUCAUUUUGAGUAUGUCACGAGCAGAAUACUGCAUCAAAUUUUUUGAGACGGCACUUGUCUAGGAUUGGAAUACAGAAACAAUCCGAACUGGCGAUGUUAAAGAACCUCUUUACCGGGCUUGGCCUAGCUGACUUAAGUUCGUUGCUCUGCUGCGUCUAGCCUGUCUUUUAUGGUCAAGUUGUAUCAAGACUCUGCUUUUUUUAUUACAGUGAGUCAAGAAAAGACCUAUCUUGGUGAUCCCUUUUAUUGAUUUCAUUCACUAGGAAUUGGUCUUGUAUGACAAAGUUGAUUUAAUAUAUGUAUUUUCUUUUAAAUCAAUAAAGGUAUAUGAAUGGAGUUACUCUUUA